ACACACUCUCACACACACACACACACACACACACACACACGCUCAGUGCCAACCCGGCGACGAGGUUGGGCCUGCGGUGCCCUGCUGCAAGCCAGGAAUAAAAAGACAGCAUGGAGCUGGAGAACAUCGUGGCCAACACCGUCCUGCUGAAGGCGAGAGAAGGAGGGGGUGGAAACCGAAAAGGCAAGAGCAAGAAGUGGAAACAGAUGCUUCAGUUUCCUCACAUUAGCCUGUGCGAGGAGCUCCGCCAGACUAUAGAAAAAGACUACAACAGCCUGUGUGAGAGGCAGCCAAUCGGGCGCAUGCUCUUCCGCCAGUUCUGCGACACCAGACCGGAGCUGAGGCGCUGCGUCAAGUUUCUGGAUGCUGUGGCUGAGUAUGAAGUAACCCCAGACGAAAAGAGGAAGGUGUGUGGACAGGAGCUCCUUGAAAAGUAUUUAAAUCCAAAGUCAGAGGACCACGUACCCGAGGUGGCGGAGGAGAUGGUUUCUAAAUGCGCUGAGCGCUUGGAACAAGAGGCGUGUAAAGAGCUUUUCAUGGAGUGCACCAAACUGAUCCAUGACUACCUGAGCGUGGCCCCUUUCGCAGACUACCUCGACAGCAUCUUCUUCAACCGCUUCCUACAGUGGAAAUGGCUCGAGAGACAGCCAGUCACAAAAAACACAUUCCGUCAGUACAGGGUAUUGGGAAAGGGCGGGUUUGGUGAGGUCUGUGCUUGCCAGGUACGGGCAACGGGGAAGAUGUACGCCUGCAAGAAGCUAGAAAAGAAACGCAUCAAGAAGAGAAAAGGCGAGUCCAUGGCCCUGAACGAGAAGCAGAUUCUGGAAAAAGUCAACAGCCGGUUUGUCGUGAGUCUGGCGUACGCCUACGAGACGAAAGACGCGCUGUGCUUGGUUCUUACGCUGAUGAACGGAGGAGAUCUGAAGUUUCACAUCUAUCACAUGGGUGAAGCUGGGUUUGACGAGAAGAGAGCCGUGUUCUACGCUGCUGAGAUCUGUUGCGGCCUGGAGGACCUGCACCGAGAGAGGAUAGUCUACAGGGAUUUGAAACCGGAAAACAUCCUGCUAGAUGACCAUGGUCACAUUCGCAUAUCAGACCUGGGCCUGGCUGUGCAUGUACCAGAGGGCCAGACAAUCAAAGGGCGCGUAGGCACUGUGGGGUACAUGGCCCCAGAGGUGGUGAAGAACGAGCGAUACACGUUUAGUCCGGACUGGUGGGCUCUGGGCUGUCUGCUGUACGAGAUGAUCGAGGGCCAGUCACCCUUCCAGCAGCGUAAAAAGAAAAUCAAGCGCGAGGAGGUGGAGCGACUCGUCAAAGAGGUGGCCGAGGAGUACUCCAGCAAGUUCUCGGAGGAUGCCAAGUCCCUCUGCCAAAUGCUUCUGGCCAAAGACCCCAAUGAGAGGCUUGGCUGUCAGGGAGGUGCCUCGGAGGUGAAGGCUCACCCGAUCUUCCGCUCUAUCAACUUCAAACGACUGGAAGCCGGCAUGCUGGAAGCCCCUUUUAUUCCCGAUCCUCAGGCCAUCUACUGUAAGGACGUGCUGGAUAUCGAGCAGUUCUCCACUGUGAAGGGGGUGGAGCUUGAGCCCAAAGAUGACUCCUUCUACAGCAAAGUGUCCACAGGCAGCGUGCCCAUCCCCUGGCAAAACGAGAUGAUAGAGUCCGAGUGUUUCAAAGAACUGAACGUGUUGAAUCUGGACGGAUCCGUGCCCCCGGAUCUGGACUGGAGAGGACAGCCUUCUCCUCCGCCCAAACAGGGCCUGCUGCAGAGACUCUUUGGGAGACAGGACUGCUGUGGGAACUGCAGCGACAGCGAUGAGGAGCCUACAAGGCUCUGAGGGCGUGGCCAGGCCCAGGCUCCUCCCCCCUGCCACUGGAGGAUCUCAUUUUGUUUACAACUUUUGCACAUUUGUAUUUUUAGGAUAGCUCUAUAUAAACAUUGGAAUGUAUAUUUUCACUAUAUAGCCAUGCGGUCGAUGUUAUUUAAAGUCAACGAAACGGAAAAAAGGAUCAGCGUCCAUCAUUACAGCAGAGUAUUUCAGAGACAGUGUGCAUCGACAUGAAGGCUGACCGACCCAAACAGCCCUGUCCCGUCUAAUCAGCCUGCCACCGCCUCCUUGCGCCUUUUUCUUCUGGUUUUACUCGUUUAUUUUGUUUUGGUUUUAUUUUUUUCUUUAAGUAAACCACAUACAUGUACAGUGUUUGCUCAGCCAAAUUCUUUCAAAUAAGUGAGAACGAAGGAAAUUAUGUUCACAGAUAUUUUUAUAUUUAUAUAUGUUUUAUGAUUUUGUUUUUUCUUGUGGUAAUCUUGACAAUCAAAUGACCAUUUGUACAAAACUUUUGACAUGUGGGGGUUCGAAACACAGCGACACGAAGUGACUGAAGAACACAGACAGAUUUUCUCCUCAUUUAGGCAUACAAUCCAAACAUUUCUAUCCGAGGUCUCAGACGUAUGUGUAAGGGUUUUAGCUAAAUAGAGACACCUAGUAAACCAAAUAGGCGUAAUUUCCAAGUAAAUGUAUUCGUCCAAACAAAUGCGACCACUCGUGUUAUGUUGUAAAUACGCGACACUUAUCUGUAAAGCCCUCAGUGUGUCUUCCUGCUGAUUUCUCUCUGGAUAUUUUGAGAAAUAAUCAUAAUUAGUGUUCUAGGUGGUCAGUAUGUUGCAUGGUGAGUCUAUGCAUAAACCAUCUUGCAUUUAUAAUGCAUUUAUGUAGUUCGACUUCUCAUAAUUACCGCGUUCUCAUAAGUCAUAACUCAUCCUACAAUGCGUUGUCGUUGUGAUUUUGUGCAUAUGAGUAGAUUUAUUAUGCAUAACGUCAUAGGCUGUUCAAAGGGUUAUUGCUGCUUUCCCAAAAUUUGGGUCAAAGAAAUGAAAACCACAAAAAAAAAUACAUUUCACUUGCCAAAAAAAAAAAAAACGGAACAGUACCUUACAUGUAUCAGUCAGGUUAAGGCUUUUAACUCUGAUGGCCUCGUAUAGAUUUAUUAACCUGUUGAUGCACUUAAGACCAAACCACUUUUAUUUAGUCCUCCAUCUCCAUGGAAGGUGCCUUUAAUGUUUUAAGGUACUCUUGUAAUUAGCAUUUUUAUAUGGAAUUGUGACAAACAUCAUGUUAUUGUUUGUGUUGGCUUCGCUUUUUUGCACACACACUUUCUUCCUGCGCUGUUAAUUUUACCUCAUCUGUGUCCUGUGGAUGUGCAUUUUCUGAUCCAAGAAAUUUCCUGGGCCCCUUUGUUGAACUUUUGAACACAAUACAGUCUCUCAAGACACGGAGGGGAAAAAAAUGGCUUUUAGACCUCGGAAGUGUAACUUGAACUCUUUUCAGCCUACCUAUUCAUCGAACUCUGAGGUCUUGUCGAUCAGCGUUCCCUCGGUUCACCUUUCUGCUCAAAACUCAAGUACAUUCCAGUCUCUACCGUACUGUACAGAUGUAAAAUUGAUUUAAGAUGUUUUUGUUUUCUGUUUUAUUUAGCAAUAACAGGAUUUUAUAAAUGUAACUACCACAUAUACAUGUAUAAAGCGAGCGACACCGCAAGACUGAACUUCAGUUGACUCUCGUCGAUGUGUCCCUGAGCCAGGCUUUAACACUGUGAAGGAGGAGAUUUGCUGAUUUCUGUCACAGUUGUAUAAUUUUUGUUUUCCUCGUACGCAAUGCACUGAUGUAUUUUUAUGUGUACAUAUAAAGUGUUUAUGUAUGUGCGUUCGCCUAAAUGCUGUGUGUAUGUGGAUGUAUGUAUGUGCGUGUGUGCGUGCUUGUUUUUGCACUGCAUGUGCCCAUAUUGUUGAUCAUAACCACUAGCUGAUGCCAUUGUGUUAUGCCCUGUAUGAGGGGGAAAUGUUACCAUACUACUGCUAAGGGAGCUGUGAGUCAUAUAUUGCUUUCAGAAAUGUAAGUUUGGCCAUAUGGUAAUACUCAUCGUUUCAAAUCUCUUUUACAUAUAUUUCAUUUUUACCUCAUUUGGAAGUGGCGGAAGUGCAACCGAUCGAAAAUGCUGAAAAUAAAGACUCCUCCUUGAACCAAUACUUAAAUACGACACACUGGUGCUCAUUUAACUAGUCUUGGUGGGCCAUUCUUCUUUUUAUUUUCUGCAGAAACUUAGGCUGUGUUUAUUUGAGCCGGAAUAAAAACAUGCUCUAAA